CGAUAAUGAGUACUAUUGCCGUAAUAAUUGCCAACGAAUCACGACCACUGGUGGUACUGUUACCAAUACUGUCACGAUUAAUGGUCAAAAAUGUACGAACACGGAUUGCGACCCAAAUUUCGUAUGUGCGGUACUGAUCACCACUGCGGUAGUAAUCACCAAGUAUUCAACAACCAUGGUCAAACUGUUACGAAUACUAUUACAAUUCCCAAUGGCAACAGUGCUAACAGGUCAAGCGACACACAAUGCGCUAAUACUAGCAAUAAUGGUAACUAUUGCGGCAAUAAUGGUCAAGUAAUCAACAUCAAUGGUGGGACUUUUACGAAUACUAUUACGAUUACCAAUGCCAAUUAUAUUACCAGGACAUGCGACACAACUUGCGACUGUCCGUCCGGUUGGACUAAAGGUGUGUACAACGAAUGCCUACUAAUACCCGACAAAACAUCUAACGGAACCAAUUAUACGACUGCACUGAAAACAUGCGCCCAGAAAUAUAACGCCAAGCUCAUUUCAAUUAAAAAUGCAGCCAAGCACAAUUUCAUUACCCACUGGUUUAAGAAUCAAACGUUUGAUGCUUACUUUUGGCUAGAUGCUACCAGGGUGCUAAAAGCGGACAGCUCGGACAGUUUUAUUUGGUCUAAUGGCGAUCGGCUGACGUACACCAAUUGGGACUCUGGUUUGGGUGGAGUUGAACCAAAUGGGGUGGGCCUCGAGGUUACAAACCUUUAA